CCACUCGGAAGCGGGACGCCAAAUCUGUCCCCGCGCAGCCGCCGCCGCCGCCGGGCGCCGAGCCGAGCGGCCGCCCUCCCCGCGGCGCGCCUGCGCACGUUCCCACGCACGCUCCGGCGUACGGCGGCGGCCAGGGGUCGCGAGCCGGUGGAGCACCCGCGCGCGGAGGAGCCCGGGGAGUCGACGCUUCUUUCCCUCCCUCCCCCCAUUCCCCUCCCCGCUCCCUCCCCCCCCUCCCCGAGAAUGUUCCGCUACGAGUCUUUGGAGGACUGCCCUCUGGAUGAAGAUGAAGAUGCAUUUCAGGGCCUGGGAGAAGAAGAUGAAGAGAUUGAUCAGUUCAAUGAUGAUACAUUUGGGUCAGGGGCAGUUGAUGAUGAUUGGCAGGAAGCACAUGAGCGCCUGGCUGAAUUGGAAGAGAAACCACCAGUGGCAGUUAAUGAACAAACAGGCAAUGGAGAAAGAGAUGAGAUGGAUUUGUUGGGUGACCACGAGGAGAAUCUGGCAGAAAGACUUAGUAAAAUGGUGAUUGAAAAUGAACUGGAAGAUCCAGCUAUCAUGAGAGCAGUGCAGACCAGGCCAGUUUUGCAACCCCAACCAGGAAGCCUCAAUUCUAGCAUCUGGGAUGGAUCUGAAGUUCUGAGGCGAAUUAGAGGACCACUGCUUUCUCAGGAAAUGCCUACGGUGUCCGUAUUAGAAUAUGCCUUGCCUCAGAGGCCCCCGCAAGGCCCAGAAGAUGAUCGGGAUCUCUCUGAGCGAGCUCUACCAAGGCGAUCGACGUCCCCUAUCAUCGGGAGUCCUCCUGUCAGAGCUGUCCCCAUAGGCACCCCGCCCAAGCAGAUGGCCGUACCCAGCUUCAACCAGCAGAUUCUGUGUCCGAAGCCUGUCCAUGUUCGGCCCCCAAUGCCGCCUCGUUACCCUACUCCCUAUAAUGAGAGGAUGUCUCCAAACCAGCUCUGCACUGUCCCGAACUCUUCCCUCCUGGGUCACCCUUUCCCUCCUAAUGUUCCUCCUGUCCUCAGCCCCCUCCAGAGAGCACAACUUCUUGGAGGAGCACAGCUACAGCCUGGACGGAUGUCUCCCAGCCAGUUUGCACGGGUCCCUGGAUUUGUUGGUAGCCCACUUGCUGCCAUGAAUUCCAAGUUGCUACAAGGGCGAGUUGGGCAGAUGCUUCCCCCAGCACCAGGCUUCCGUGCCUUCUUCGGUGCUCCAGCCCCUGCUACCCCACCUCCACAGCCGCACCCCCCUGGCCCAGGACCUCAUCUCCAAAACCUCAGAUCUCAGGCCCCAAUGUUCAGACCAGACACCACUCACCUUCAUCCCCAGCAUCGCCGGCUCUUGCAUCAGAGGCAGCAGCAGAACAGAAAUCAGCAUCGGAAUCUGAAUGGUGCAGGAGACAGGGGAAGUCAUCGGAAUAGUCAUCAGGAUCAUCUCCGGAAGGAUCCUUAUGCCAAUCUCAUGUUGCAACGAGAAAAGGAUUGGGUCUCUAAAAUCCAGAUGAUGCAACUGCAAAGCACUGAUCCCUACCUGGAUGAUUAUUAUUACCAGAAUUACUUUGAAAAACUGGAGAAACUGUCAGCUGCUGAAGAAGUGCAGGGUGAAGGCCCUAAGAAGGAGCGCACCAAGCUCAUUACCCCUCAGGUGGCCAAGCUAGAACACGCCUACAAGCCAGUGCAAUUUGAGGGUUCUUUGGGAAAACUUACUGUCUCUAGUGUGAAUAAUCCUCGAAAAAUGAUUGACGCUGUUGUGACAUCUCGGAGUGAAGAUGAUGAAACAAAAGAAAAACAGGUUCGGGACAAGAGGCGGAAAACCCUUGUCAUAAUUGAGAAAACGUAUAGUUUACUCCUUGAUGUGGAGGAUUAUGAAAGACGGUAUCUCCUAAGUCUAGAAGAAGAGCGACCUGCCUUGAUAGAUGAGAGAAAGCACAAAAUUUGUAGCAUGUAUGACAACUUAAGGGGGAAAUUACCUGGACAAGAUAGGCCAAGUGAUGAACACUUUGUACAGAUCAUGUGUAUCCGAAAAGGGAAGAGAAUGGUUGCCCGCAUUCUUCCUUUCCUCUCCACAGAACAAGCAGCUGACAUUCUCAUGACAACAGCCAGAAACCUCCCUUUUCUUAUCAAGAAGGAUGCACAAGAUGAGGUGCUGCCAUGCUUACUGAGUCCCUUCUCUCUCCUCCUGUAUCAUCUUCCGUCAGUGACUGUCACCAGCCUUCUGCAACAGCUGAUGAACCUACCUCAGAGUGCAGCUGCACCAGCACCUUCCAAUCCUCACCUCGCGGCUGUGCUCCAGAACAAGUUUGGCCUGUCACUGCUCCUUGUCAUCCUGAGCCGUGGGGAAGACCUACAGAGUUCAGAACCUGCUCCAGAAUUAACGCAAAACAACCAGUGGACCGAGGUAAUGUUCAUGGCUACCCGAGAACUUCUGCGGAUCCCGCAGGCAGCGCUGGCCAAGCCCAUCUCCAUACCCACAAACCUAGCAUCACUCUUCUCUCGCUAUGUCGACCGUCAGAAACUGAACUUGCUGGAGACAAAACUGCAGCUAGUUCAGGGGAUCCGAUAAAGAGACCUUCAGAUGUGUCCCGUACCUCCUUUUGGCUGUCACCUGCACUGCUGCCACCACCAGUGGAGUGUUUUCCCUGCGGGAGGGAAGCCGCUGACUCCCCAGAGCGUCUCGCGGGACUGCUGCCCGUCGCAGGGGUCUCGGUGCUGGUGUUGCCCCCACUGCUCUAUGAAAUUUGGCUGGGUGAUACUUCCGCUGGUUUCUUCUUACCUACUGUGUUACAAUUCUGCAUGUCCUACUUUUACGAAAUUCUUCCCAAUUUUGCAGAGGUUUUCUUUUCUUUUUUUUUUUUUUGCCCUAGAGACACAAAUAUAAUCUCUCCCUUUAUCCCACCACCGCUACUCCAGUUGAGAGUAGAUUGUAGCCUGCCAAAGGAUUCCUUCCCGCAUCCUAUUGAAGUCUUACUGCCCCAUAUUAAUAUUAAUAGGAAAGCCAAUUAAGUAGAAGUACACAUAUAUACAUAUAUGCCCAGGUAUAUGUAUAUAUACACACACACAUGUUCCUAUCUAUGUUUAUGUGGUAUUCCGAGGAUCCUUAAAGAAUCAGUUUUAGAUGGAAAAAAAUCUUUAGUUGCCACGUCUGUCCUCCGAACACAAAACCCAAAACCAGCUGAUAUAUUUUUUUUAACUAUUUCUAGUCCAUCUUGUAAUUAAUUUGGUGGGUUCUACUUGUUUUAAUAUUAAUACAGGGUAUGCAGCACAUCUAAUAAAAUCGACACUUGUAAUUGGCUGCUGCCCAGCUCUAGACUGAGAAGUCCUCACCCUCCACCCCCUCUACCCACCCCCCAUUUCCUUUCUGUCCCCCUCAGUGGAGACAGCACACGGUUAAGUCUUUCUCCUGGUACAACUACGGUGUAUUAGUCUGUUUCCUCUAGGGCAGACCAGAUUGCCCAAGAUGACCUUGACUUACAGUCUGCUUUCAUGGUGUAGCUUUUGCACACUUACUCUUGUCUUCCUCAGACUACUUCAGUAAGCCAUGCUUUUCCUUCCCUUCACCCCUCACCCCCACCCCACCUCCUCUUUUUUUGUUGUUGUUGUUGGUGGUGCCAUGGGUAGAAAACUCCAAGCAUAGCCACGGAGGCUCACUUUGCGUGCUUGGCCCAUUUGUCUCCACCGCGCCAUGGGCAGAACUCCUGUCGCUGCUACUUAAUCUCCCCCACGUCCCACUUCCCAGGCACGCCUGGGGCCUGGGUCCGAAGCCCAGCAGGGCCAGCUUGCUCUGAUUCUUCCUACUAACCCCUCUUCCAGCAAUCAACCAGGAUACGGGAUUCUGAUCCCGAGUGAUUACAGCCUUCAAGAAAAAUGAAAUCUGAAUUAAUUUUAUAUGACAGUCCUGUACCUUUUUGCUGUUCUCACCUUUUCGAAUGUAGUAGAGGGGACAAGUUAUAUAUAAAGAGAAUAAACAUUUUGCACAUACAUGUAUUGUACAACAGUAAACUCCUCCGUUAUAACCAGCUGUCCUUGUUCUCCAUCUCCGUUCCUCCCACUCUGUCGGCCCCAGGCUCCACCGGCUCUUCCCCGGUGACGUGACCUCGUUUCCCUCUGCCGUAACCUACUGACUCUCCACCCGGCGCCUUUCCUCCUUCACAACUGAUCGAGUGAAUACUUGAUUAUUAUUUCUUCCUUUCUGUGCUUUAUCUUUUUUGUUUGGUUCUAAUAAAAAAUUAAAGUUUCUAAAUUUACAUUUUUAUAGGGUAUUGUAAAUAAAAACAAAUUGUAUACUUGAAAAAAAAAAUGUGUGCCUCCAU